AUGGCCCGCUAUGCCCUCACCCACAGCCCCGCACACAGCUUUGAUGAGCAGGACGACUCAGGCCUGGGGAGCUACGGCACCGCCGACUGCCCAGUCUCUGCCUCUCCUCUACUGGGGAACGGCGGCAUGGAGAGGGGCAUGUUGAUGUCUGGUUCCAUGGACCAGCAGGGCACCAUCCGGACCCAGCAGCACCAGCAGCUCCAGGCCCAGGGGCCUUGCCUCCCGCUGCUGCCCGAGAAGAGGAGGGCGUCAGACGGGGAGCACUCCUGGCGGGAGCUCCUCAGUAUCCCCUUCCCCAAUGUCCUGCCUGACCUCUCAGCCUCUGCACAGAUGCCGAGCACUGCCUCACCUCUGCCAGAUGUCCUGGCCAUCAAGCAGGUGACUGUAAAAUUUGUGCAAGACACAUCGAAAUUCUGGUACAAGCCUGAUAUCUCCAGGGACCAAGCUAUCUCAGUCCUGAAGGACAAAGAGCCUGGGUGUUUCAUUGUACGCGACAGCCACUCCUUCAGAGGUGCCUAUGGGCUGGCCAUGAAGGUGGCCACACCCCCUCCCUCAGUCCUGCAGCAGACCAAGAGAG